AUGAGGAACGACGAUUUUACACCAUUACCUGAAAUCAAACAAAAUGAUGACCACAUACAGCGCUAUCUAAUAGCAACUGCAAUUGCAUCAAAAAACGGCGAAGAAGUUCGACCUUUGUCAUCUUACAAUGUUUUUCAGAUAGAAAAGGGCCUUAAACACAUAAGUACAGAGUACACUGAAGUUACUGAGCUUAAAUCAGGCGACUUGCUCAUAAAAACCCGAAACCUAAAAGCAGCGGAAAAAUUUCUCAAAGCCACUCAUGUUGAUAUAGUACCCGUCAAAAUUACAUCGCACAAAUACCUAAACUCAACACAGGGACGCAUAUUUUCUAGAAAUAUAAUAAAACUUUCUGAAGAAGAAUUAAUGGAAGGAUUAGCGUGCCAGAAAGUUAUCGAAAUUAGGAAAAUAAUGAAACUAACUAAUAACGUAGCAACACCAACGGGAGCAGCGAUUGUCACCUUCAAUCUUAUUCGUAGGCCAGAAAAGAUUAAUUUAGGAUGGGAAAGAGUCACAGUCCAGGAAUAUAUCCCCAACCCGAUGAGGUGCAGAAAUUGCCAAAAACUUGGGCAUACGAAAAACACUUGUAAAAAUAUACAACUAUGCAAACAAUGUGCCUUUCCUCCUCCGCAUGAAAUUUGCUCACGUAUUUUCUGCGCAAAUUGCAAUGUCAACACGCACACUUCCGAAGACCCAACUUGUCCCAGCUUCCUAAAGCACAAAUCCGUAAACAAAAUUAAAGCUGAACGCCGGUGUACUGUUCGUGAAGCCUGGAAAGUGUACAACAGCAAUCCCACAGCAUACCAAAUUGAACCUAGGAAUAGGCAAACAAGCAAGCUUUCAUACGCACAAACUGCAAGAAACGACCAAACCACAGCCGUCGAACAAACACAGAUCGAAAAAAGCAAUCAUAUUUCUUCACAUAUUACCCAACCUUCAAACAACAUUCAAAAUCAAGAUAAAACAAGAUCACUCAAAAGCAACAAUGAAAUUCAAAACAAAACUAAACCACCUUCAAAUAACAUUCAAAAGAAUACUUCUAACUCCAACUAUGGACCUCAACUUACAACAACACUAGACCAAUCAAAUCAAAGCACAUCAACAACAGCAUCGAAAAGCAGCUCAAGCCCACCUAGAACAAAGAGCAACGAAAAAAAUAACACACACACCCAAAGCUGUGACAUGGAAAUGUCGCCUUGCUCAGAUAUAUACAACAAAUACCCACAUUUAAAU